AUGAAGGAGAUUAUCGAGGCGCUCAUUGCACGGCAAGACCUGUCGCAGCAGCAGUCUGAAGAUGCGCUGCUGAGUGUGCUGGACGACUUCUCGCCAGAGCAGACGGCGGCGUUCCUCGUGCUGCUGCGCGCCAAGGGCGAGACGCCCGACGAGAUCGCGGGCAUGGCGCGGGCGUUCCUGCAGCGCGGUCUGCACGUUGAGACAGCAAAGGGCGUUGUUGACAUCGUUGGCACCGGCGGCGACGGCAUCGGCUCGGUCAACAUCAGCACGGGCGCGAGUGUCAUCGUCGCGGCGGCAGGCGGGCGCGUGGCAAAGCACGGCAACCGCUCGGUGUCGAGCCUAUGCGGCAGCGCGGACGUGCUGGAGGCGCUGGGCGUGGAGAUCGAUCUGGGCCCGGAGGGGGUUGCGCGCUGCGUCGACCAGACCGGCGUCGGCUUCAUGUACGCGCCGCGCUAUCACCCGGCCAUGAAGGUCGUGCGCCCUGUCAGGGCGGCCCUCAAGGUGCGCAAGCCGGCCCGCGCUGUGGGGCGCGCCGCCUUGCCGCCCGCGUGGGGGCGGAGCGGCGCCGCGGCGCCGCGGGCGCCUCCGACGCGCCCGCAGGGCGCCUGCGCCGAAGGCUGUCAUCCUGUUCCGGGCGCUGGCGGCCCGCGUGCCCUCGCAUGCUGCCCCCUCUGA